AUGGGAUGCGAAAGCUCAAAAGUAGCAGAUGUAGAAGUUCCGGAGUCAAAUAUUUUCGAUGACGCGCCGAGAGAACCUACCACCGGUAAUUCUAGCGCAGAAAAGCAUCCCAACGAGCCUCAACAAAUAAUCGAAGACCUUCUCGAGAAGAACAAGAACUUGCACCUCCGAACUGAGCAGCUUUGGAAAAUCAUAGAGGACCAAUCGGACUGCAUCAAAAAAGCGGAAGAAGCGCAGAACGAGCAAAAACGACUGAUUGAAGAAGCUUUUGAGACAAUCCGUCGAGAAGCUCCAGAAGCGUCUGCUCCAACAAUGACUGCCUUGAACACUCAGAGAGAUCAUUGUCAUCAAACUAGCCUGCGAUUUUUCCAACACAUGCAGCAAAUUCACGAGUAUCCGCCUAGGGAUGAUAAUCUUUAUCCUGUAUUAAAUUAA